GAAAGACUGAAAGACCUCUGAAAGAGGAGUGAGAUUUCCAAGGACAGAAAAGGACCUGGGGAGACUUGUGACUCUGGCCAAGCGGGAAUUGCCCUGUGGUUGCAGGGUAAGCGAACAAGCUUAGCCCCAUGGCCAGGACUCGGGACCAUGAUCUCUGGGGGGCCUCUGGGCUUUGCUACAUUUUUGGCUCCCUGAUUGCUGGACUACUCUGCCCGGGGGCGGUUGCCUUCAAUCUGGACGUGAUGGGCGCUCUGCGCAAGGAGGGCGAGCCUGGCAGCCUCUUCGGCUUCUCCGUGGCUCUGCACCGGCAGUUGCAGCCCGGACCCCAGAGCUGGCUCCUGGUGGGUGCUCCUCAGGCACUGGCUCUGCCUGGGCAGCAGGCAAAUCGUACCGGAGGCCUCUUUGCCUGCCCUCUGAGCCUAGAGGAGACUGACUGCUACAGAGUGGACAUCGACCAAGGAGUUGAUGCACACAAGGAAAGCAAGGAGAACCAGUGGUUGGGAGUCAGUGUUCAGAGCCAAGGACCUGGGGGCAAGAUUGUUACCUGUGCACAUCGAUAUGAGGCACGGCAGCGAGUUGACCAGAUCCUGGAGACACGUGAUGUGAUUGGUCGCUGCUUUGUGCUCAGCCAGGACCUGGCCAUCCGGGACGAGCUGGAUGGUGGGGAGUGGAAGUUCUGUGAGGGGCGUCCUCAGAGCCACGAACAGUUUGGGUUCUGCCAGCAGGGCACAGCUGCUGCCUUCUCUCCUGAUAGACAUUACCUCCUCUUUGGGGCCCCAGGAACUUAUAACUGGAAGGGCACAGCCAGGGUGGAGCUCUGUGCGCAGGGCUCACCGGACCUGGCACAUUUGGACGACGGGCCCUACGAGGCGGGGGGCGAGAAGGAGCAGGACCCCCGCCUCAUUCCGGUCCCUGCCAACAGCUACUUUGGUUUCUCCAUCGACUCGGGGAAGGGACUGGUGCGUGCAGAAGAGCUGAGCUUUGUGGCAGGGGCACCCCGGGCCAACCACAAGGGUGCUGUGAUCAUUCUUCGAAAAGACAGUGCCAGCCGCCUGGUGCCUGAAGUUGUGCUGUCUGGGGAGCGCUUGACCUCUGGCUUUGGCUACUCACUGGCCGUUGCUGAUCUCAACAACGAUGGCUCGCCAGACCUGGUGGUGGGUGCCCCCUAUUUCUUUGAGCGCCAAGAAGAGCUGGGGGGUGCUGUGUAUGUGUACAUGAACCAAGGGGGUCACUGGGAUGAUGUCUCCCCUAUCCGGCUCUGUGGCUCUCCUGACUCCAUGUUUGGGAUCAGUGUGGCUGUCUUGGGGGACCUCAACCAAGAUGGCUUCCCAGAUAUUGCGGUGGGCGCUCCCUUUGAUGGGGACGGGAAAGUCUUUAUCUACCAUGGGAGCAGCCUAGGGGUUGUCCUUAAGCCUUCACAGGUGCUUGAGGGCGAGGCUGUGGGCAUCAAGAGCUUUGGCUACUCCCUGUCCGGAGGCCUGGAUGUGGAUGGGAACCAUUACCCUGACUUGCUGGUGGGCUCCCUGGCUGACACUGCUGUUCUCUUUAGGGCCAGACCCGUUCUCCAUGUCUCCCAUGAGGUCUCCAUCGCUCCUCGAGCCAUCGACCUGGAGCAGCCCAACUGCCCUGGUGGCCACUCAGUUUGUGUGGACCUAAGGAUAUGCUUCAGCUACAUUGCAGUCCCCAACAGCUACAGCCCUAUUGUGGCCCUGGAUUACGUGAUAGAUGGAGACACAGACCGGAGGCUCCGGGGCCAGGUCCCCCGGGUGACCUUCCUGAGUCGUGGCCCAGAUGACCCCAAACACCAGGCCUCAGGCACUGUGUGGCUGAAGCACCAGCAUGACCGAGCCUGUGGAGACACCAUAUUCCAGCUGCAGGAGAAUGUCAAGGACAAGCUUCGAGCCAUUGUGGUGACCCUGUCCUAUAGCCUCCAGACCCCUCGAAUCCGACGACAGGCUCCAAGCCAGGGGCUACCCCCAGUGGCCCCCAUCCUUAAUGCUCACCAGCCCAGCACCCAGCGGGCAGAGAUCCACUUCCUGAAGCAGGGCUGUGGUGAAGACAAGAUCUGCCAGAGCAACAUGCAGCUGGUCCAUGCCCGUUUUUGUGCCCGGGUCAGCGACACGGAGUUCCAGCCUCUGCCCAUGGAUUCGGAUGGGAUGACAGCCCUGUUUGCACUGAGUGGGCAGCCAGUCAUCAGCCUGGAGCUUAAGGUCACCAACCUGCCCUCGGACCCAGCCCAGCCUCAGGCUGAUGGGGAUGAUGCUCAUGAGGCCCAGCUCCUGGUCACCCUCCCUGCGGCUUUGCACUACUCAGGAGUCCGAGCCCUGGACCCUACAGAGAAGCCUCUCUGCCUGUCCAAUGAGAAUGCCUCCCAUGUCGAGUGUGAGCUGGGGAACCCCAUGAAGAGAGGUGCCCAGGUCACCUUCUACCUCAUCCUUAGCACCUCAGGGAUCACCAUUGAGACCACAGAGCUGGAGAUUGAGCUGUUGUUGGCAACGAUAAGUGAGCAGGAAUUUCAUCCAGUCUUUGCUCGGGCCCGGGUCUUCAUAGAGUUGCCACUGUCCAUUGCUGGGGUGGCCAUCCCCCAGCAACUCUUUUUCUCUGGUGUGGUGAGGGGAGAGAGUGCCAUGCAGUCUGAGCGGGAUGUGGGCAGCAAGGUCAAGUAUGAGGUCACGGUCUCCAAUCAAGGCCAGUCGCUCAACACCCUAGGCUCUGCCUUCCUCAACAUCAUGUGGCCCCAUGAGAUUGCCAACGGGAAAUGGCUGCUGUACCCGAUGCGGGUGGAGCUGGAGGAAGGGCAGGGGUCCAGGCAGAGGGGCCUGUGUUCCCCGAGGCCCAAUAUUCUCCACCUGGAUGUGGACAACAGGGACCGGAGGCGGCGGGAGCUAGAGCAGCCGGAGAAGCAGGAGCCACGUGAGCAGCUGGAACCCAGCACAUUCUGGUGGCCAGUGUCCUCUGCUGAGAAGAAGAAAAACAUUACCCUGGACUGUGCCCGGGGCACAGCUAACUGCGUGGUGUUUAGCUGUCCCCUCUACAGCUUUGACCGAGUGGCUGUGCUGCACGUUUGGGGGCGACUGUGGAACAGCACCUUCCUGGAGGAGUACUCAGCUGUCAAAUCCCUGGAAGUGAUUGUCAGAGCCAACAUCACAGUGAAGUCCUCCAUCAAGAACUUGAUGCUCAAAGAUGCCUCCACGGUGAUUCCAGUGAUGGUAUAUUUGGACCCAGUGGCUGUGGUGGCAGAAGGAGUACCUUGGUGGGUCAUUCUGUUGGCUGUUUUGGCAGGGCUGUUGGUCCUGGCACUGCUGGUGUUGCUGAUGUGGAAGAUGGGAUUCUUCAAGCGGGCGCAAUACCCCGAGGCCACAGUGCCCCAGUACCAUGCGGUGAAGAUCCCACGGGAAGACCGGCAGCAGUUCAAGGAGGAGAAGACAGGCACCAUCCUGAGGAACAACUGGGGCAGCCCCUGGAGGGAGGGUUCUGAUGCAAGCCCCAUCCUGGCUUCUGACGGGCACCCUGAGCCAGGCCUGGAGGCGCAUCCUGUACCAGCUACUGCCUAGCUGCUUUUGUCCUGGCCUGGCCUGUGGGUACCCUCCACCCCUUUCCUAGAGAUAGCUCUUUAAGGUGAAGAGAGUAGAGUUGGUCUCUGGCAUCACACCAGGAUUUUGCAGGAUCUUCUUCCUCAGGGCCGUGAACCUUUCCCCAGUCCACUAGGAUUCCUGUCAUAUCACCCCUCUGGAAUGCUGUGCGAUGAGAGGGGGGCAAAUUAGGGAUGGGGCUGUGAGGCAGGGUGAGAAGGGCCUGGGCGUCCUAAUUCAAGGGUGUGGAGAAGGACCUUAACCUCACCCUCUUACAUACACUCUGUGUAGCAGGCCCGAGAACCUGUUCCCCCAAAGUGCCUUAGUUUAGAGGGCUGGGGAGGAGGUGCAUCACUGACUCAGGGGCUCCUCCCUCCCUACUCCCCCCUUUCCUCUGACCGUAGUUUGUUGAUUCAGUAUAGUAAGUUUUAUCUAUUUAUUAAAAACAUUUCAG